AUGAAAAUGAUGAUACAAGAAAUUUCAGAUUCUCCUAAAAUAAAUACUUUACCUUCCCCAAUUACAAAUGCAUUCGAAUUAUUUAAAAAUGCUUGUAAUGUGACUUUGGAUUUUGAGAAUAAAUACUUUGAAAACAAAAUUGAAUUGAUUCAAAAUUGUAGAGAGGACUUCCAUUUAAUUGCUAAUGACACAAUUCAACGAUCUUACGAAUUGGCUAAAUUUAGAGGAUGUAUAAUGGACCUUAUUAAAUAUCAUGGUGACAAGAAUGUCCCCGAUAAAGAUAUAUUAGAUUAUUUGAAUAAACUUUUAGGUGUUGCUAAUGCUAAUAAAUCCGCAAUAAAAAAAACCAACUUCGAAAUUAUAACUCUCAAAGAUGAGAUGAUAAAUAUUCGUAAUGAAUUAGCAGAAUUUGAUUUUGAAAAUGCGAAAAAUAUUGAUCCUACAACAUAUAACAACUUAAAUGAUGCUGGAUCUAAAAAAAAGUUUUUAGAUGAAAUUAUAAAUGAAAUUUGUCCGAACAUGUCUGCAACAGGGAAAGAAUUAACAGGAAAAGCAGUAGAAAAAGCAGUAGAAUUAGCAGCAGGAGCAGUAAUAACAAAAGUAUCAGGAGCAGGAGCAGUAACAGCAAAAUUAGUAGGAACAGCAGGAGCAGCAAAAGUAUUAGUAGUAGGAACAGCAAAAGUAAUAGUAGUAGUAGGAGUAGGAACAGCAGGAGCAGCAGAAAUUUUAAGUACAAGACAAGGACAAAUGAUCAAAAAAUCAAAAAUUUUACAAAAAAAUGUUUUCUCAGUAAGUCAAUGUUUAAAUGAUCUUAAAGAAUUCUGGGAGUCUCAGAUUGCACAAUUAGAAAGUCUUAUCACGGAAUUUAAAAGUUUAAAUAGUUCAAAUGAACAGAGAAUUAUUAAACUCUUGGAAAAACAAUGGAAGAAAACAAUCAAAGAAUGUAAAGG